CCGUAAGCGCUCCAGGGGCCGAACGGGUAUAAAAGAGCAGACGCCUCCAGAGGCAGACACACACGGUGACCCACCAGACUACAGUGCAGACCUCGUGUUCGCAACUCCACAUCUCCUCAUCAUGAAAGCCGUGUUUGCUGUGGUGAUCCUGGGCGUGGUGGCCGCCGCCAGCGCCGCCACGGUGCCAGCCAGCACCAGCGUCUACCAGCAGCCGCAGUACCAACCACUGCAGUACCAGCCUGUGGUGCAGCCCCAGCAGGUGGUGGGUGGCCGCGUCGUGCCGGCGGUGUACCCAGGCAGCGUGGCAUCCAACGUCUACACCUCGGGAGUGGUCCCCAGCGUCUACUCCUCCGGAAUCGUUCGCAACGUCUACCCAGCCAAUGUCGCCCCCGUUGUAGGAGGAGCCUACCCUUACUACCCCACCGUCUGAGCUUCCAGUUCGCUGAAGCUUCCAGUUCGCUGAUUAACUGAUCAAUUUUAUGACGAAUCCAAGCUGUUCCAUGUAUGACUGUGUAAAUCCAAAUACGGUGAAUAAAGUUUUGUCUGUGCCAUUGUAA